CUGCCAUUGGCCAAUUUUGGUAGGCUAGAGAAACGUAAACAAAACGCUUUUGACGACCGGCGAGACGCGAGACCAUGCUGGUUUUGAAGCUUUGAUAGGUUUUGGCGGAUUUCGUUCACGGAGUUUACAGUCUCGUCAGACAAGAACAUCUAGUCGUCGUGAGUCCCUUCUCACGAUGGAUAAAAAAGGAAAACGUGGACGUCCAAGUGAUGAACAAAGCACGCCGCCGAUCCGGCCAAAAAAAGUCAAGACAAAAUCAGAUAACCAAGCAAGCACCAGCAGUACCAGCACCUUGAGCAAUGACAAUAGCAAAGACCUGAAAAUGAAGAAAAAGAAGGCAAAUAAGAAAGGUGAGCCGCAAAAGGCCCUUGACAAUGAAAUCGCCAAGAAGAACAAUUCUAGUCAGAGCUCAAGCGUUGUUGCUCAACCAGGAGGAACUGUCAACAUUGAAGAACUGCUUACGGAAUUGCACAAGAAGUACGGCCGACCUGAAGAUAUGAUUAUCGGAAGGUGCAAAACCACCAUUGGAGAGGUUCUGGACAGUGUUACCUCCAUGUCCAAAAGUUUCAACCUUAGCAAAGACUGUCUCUCUGCCAUUGCCUUCCAUAUCAUGCAGUUCCUACCUUAUAAACACUCCUUCCGUGCCAACAUGGCCCUUGUGUCUGAAAAGGUCGAGGAAGUGAAGACGAAGUUGAAAGAACCAACAGUCUCCUACCAUUGCAGUGACUGUCUGAAUUCCGACAUUCAGUCAUUCAACUCCAAAUGCAGCAAAUGUUUUUCUUCGUCGAUUGCAGUCAACGUGCAAAGUGACCUGGCAGCUGCGAUCAAGUACCUCUUUGAGCACCAAAAUCUUGCUAACUUGAUCAGCGAGCAACAGAAGUAUUUGUCAAGCAACAAUAAAGAUGGACCUGAAGGGGAACUAGAGAGUAAAGUGAUUGGACCAUACGACUUGUCCCUCAUUUUGAACGUUAGUGCUUUUCCAGCCUUCGGGCACCUUACGGCCAAAGUUUGGUCGCUCCUCUUUACAAUCUAUGAAGUUCCAUUCCUCUUCCGAAAGAGAUUAGUCAUGCCAGCCAAUUUGUGGUACACCCCAAAGGAGAAGACCAACCUAAACGAAUUUUUGGAGCCAUUCAUUGCUCUGAUGAAGAAACUUGGCACUGUCGGGGUUAAAUGGAGACACCCCGAGACUAAGGAGAAGCACAACAGCAAAAUUUUGGUUCGCACAUGUGUUGCCGGUGCUGAAGCUAGGGCCAAAUUGCUGAACCUCAACAGCCCAAGCGAGCUCUUCAGUUGUUCAUUCUGCGAAAUUCCUGGUCAGAAGUUGAAUGAACAGUCCGUUUCUUUCGUUUGCCCUGAUUUCCCGUACGAGUUGAGGACAAGUGAGAGAAUGGAAAUGCACGCCAUUACCCUUGAGGAAGUCCAAAGGGAAGCAAGUGCUCACUUGCCAACGUUGGACUGCAUCUUGGGUGUUAAGGGUGCUUCCUCCAUGGCCCAACUGCACAACUUUGACAUAGGGAGAGAUUUUUGCCCUGAUGAUGUAGAAACAAUUCUUUUGGGAGUUGUAAAAAGCCACCUGAAAGAAGUUUUCAGCUCCUGCAACGCCGAGGAAGAAUUUUACAUCGGUCAUUUGCAAGACAUCGUGUCCAACAGGAUGAAAGAAGUCACCACAUCCGUAUUGCCGGGAAGCAUGCCACGAGACAUUGGUACUUUGGACACUUGGACGUCAACAGAAUUGAAGAACUGGCUGCUCUACUUCAGCUUGCCUUGUUUAGAGGAAAUUUGGCAGGAGGAAAAGUUCUUUGAGCAUUACAUGCUGCUGGUUCUCGCUACUUACACUAUUUCCCUAACAAAAGUAUCUAAAAAGGAAAUAGCCUUUGCCAAGGUUGCCUUUAAAAAAUUUCAAAGUGGAUAUGGUGAACUGUACGGAGAAGAGAGAGAAACGCUGCCACUGCAUAUGCUUCUGCACCUUUUGAGGUCCACCUCACUUUUUGGUCCUCUGUUCACUCAAUCAGCCAGCUUGUUCGAGGAUUCGAAUAUGCUUGUGAAGAUAGCUGUUGAAGACGCUGCAGAAAUAGGAGUUGACCAAAAACUUGUGAAGACGGCCAAGUUUCUCAGCCUGGAGCCUAUUGUGACUCAUUUCUGUGCUUCCAGACCAGAUUGCUUGUUCUUGGGGGAACCAGAGCAUUCAGAUAAUGUUGCUCUCAGAGUUCUGAAUUUCCUCGAACGACUGUACAACGGCCCAACUUCUGUGACUUUCUACCCUCGUAUCAAUUACAGAGGGUUAAUUCUGACCAGCGCAGCUGACAGGCAAACAAAAAACACGUGCUCAAACUUCAUUGCCUACACUUUCACAAACAUUUUUGAGUCAACCCCUCUAGUGGCCAAAGUUCUUUACUUCUGCAACCUGCAGUCUACCUUUUCUGGCGGCUCGAUGGAUAUCUUUGUGGGCAAGAAGGUUAUACUUAAGGAGCCAAGGUACAAAUUCAAGACAAUGAAAGUCAAGCAUAUUUUGAAUUACAAACAGACUAAUGAUCUGGUUUGGGGACACAUUUUCUCGAUUAAGUCACCUGUAGUGAAUGUUUCCAUUCCUCCAAAAGACGGUUUUAAAGGUUGUCAAGUGAUGUGCCUCCCACCAAACGUUCAGGAUAUCUAAUCCAAAGUGAGAAAAAAAAAAUCAUUUUUUCUAGAGUCUAUUAUCAAAUAUAUAUUACGAAUAAUGAAAGACUGAUUUGGAUAAAAUCAGCAAUGUUACUUUUGAAAUCAAGUCCUAUUUUGUAAGCAAGAUAUAUGAAAUUUAUUGAGUGAAGAUUAAGAGUCAGAAUAAAAAGAUGAA